AUGCUCGGCGGCGGCGGCGGCGGCGGCGGCGGCGGCGGCGGAGUCACAGCCAAAGCCAAGCCAAAGUCAAGGCCGUUGCCAACUCCUCUGACGGCCCGCAGUGGAGAUCUGUACUGGUGCCAAGGUCAUGAGACUGGUUUGGGGUUAGAUGUCUACCUGGCCACCAUAGUCUUGCUGACAAUUACUGGCAUUUAUACCAUCGCAGGUGGUUUUGCAGCUGUGGUUUAUACUGAUACCUUCCCUGCUGCUGUUAUGGUUCUGGGAUCACUCUUGUUAAUGGGCUUUGCCUUUCAGAAAGUGGGAGGAUACCAGGAGCUAUUGCAGAAAUACCCAGACAGUAAGGCAAACCUAAUCCAUGAAGGAAAUUGGACUGCCAAGCCGGAAUGUUUUAUUCCUCGCCUGGAUUUUUUCCAUAUCUUCCAAGAUCCCAUCACUGGAGACCUCCCAUGGCCUGGAAUCAUCUUUGCCAUCUCCACCCUCUCCUUAUACUACUGGUGCACUGAUCAGGUAACUACACGUGAUUUUUGUCCACGAUGCCUGGCAGGGAAGAACAUGUCUCACGUGAAAGGCGGCUGCGUCCUUUGUGGGUGCCUGAAGCUGCUGCCCAUGUUCAGCAUAGUGAUGCUGGGAAUGAUCAGCCAUGUCUUGUUCCUGGAUAAAGUGGCAUGUGUUGUACCUUCAAUAUGUGAGAAGUACUGCGGCAUCAGAACUGGGUGCAGCUCCAUCGCCUACCCAGUGCUGGUGGUAGAGCUGCUGCCUGAACCAUUACGAGGCUUGAUGCUGUCCGCACUAUGGGCCUCUCUCAUGUCCUCCUUGACUUCUAUUUUCAACUGUGCCAGAGCCCUGUUCACAAUGGACAUCUAUAACCAGAUUCGGCCUAUGGCCACUGAAAAGGAGCUCAUGGUAACAGGAAGGUUUUUUGUUAUAAUAUUACUUGCUGUCAUCAUCAUCUGGGUCCCUUUUAUACAAACAGAAUACAGUGAGCAACUGUUUGAAUACACAUAUGCAGUUAUGAGUUACCUGACCCCACCCAUUGCUGCCAUCUUCGGGCUUGCCGUAUUUUGCAAGAAAGUCACUGAACAGGGUGCCUUCUGGGGGCUGACUGGAGGACUUCUGAUUGGCUUCUCUUGAAUGUUGUCCGAGUUUGCCUAUGGACCCUGGAGCUGUGAGGCAAACAGCAAGUGCCCCCUGAUCAUCUGCAGCAUGCACUACCUCUACUUUGGGGUAAUUCUCUUCAUAAUCAGUCUUUUCACCAUCCUGGGGAUCUCCCUAUUCACAGACCCAAUUCCGGAUAAACAUCUCCACUGGCUCUGUUGGAGUUUACGAGACAGCCAACAGGAAAGGGUAGAUCUGGAUGAGGAAAUACAAGUGAAGAAACACACGACCCAAGAACAGCCAGCCUUCUGGGCUGGGGAGAAGCAGCAGAUGCAGUGA